AAAGCAUCUGUGUCCUUUGACCCCCCGGCUACGCUCCCGACCCCCCGUGGCGACCCUAGGAUGACGGGCUGUGGGAAGUCUGAGCUGGAAUCGAUGAAGGGGGCCGAGGCCGUGGCGGCUCCGGGGAGACCUCCGGAACCCCGAGCUCCGGAUCCGGCAGCCCCCGUGCCCGAGCCCGGCUUGGACCUGAGCCUGAGCUCCAGCCCGAGCCCGCAGCCUGCGAGCCCCGAACCGCCGAGCUGCAUUGCAUCGCGGCGGAAGGGGCGGGCAGCCCGGCGGGGCGGAGCUCGCAAGGGCCGGCAGGUCCGCUUCCGCCUGGCGCCGGCCUCCCCGGGUCGGCCCGAUGCCCCGAGCGAGGAGCCCGCGGCGCAGGAGCUGGGGGCGCCGGUGCAGCAGAGCAGCCUGGCCCUGGGCCUCGAGUUGCAGGCCGCGCGGGCCGCCGCCGGGGGCCAGUUCGACGCGGCCAAGGCCGUGGAGGAGCAGCUGCGAAAGUCCUUCCAGACCCGCUGCGGCCUGGAAGAGAGCGUGGCCGAGGGGCUGAACGUGCCGCGCUCUCGGCGUCUCUUCCGGGACCUGGUGAGCCUGCAGGUGCCCGAGGACCAGGUGCUGCACGCCGCGCUUCGGGACAAACUGGCGCUCCUGCCGCACGCGCGUGCCCCGCCCCCCAAGGAGCCCCCGGCGCCCGGACCGGACAUGACCAUCCUCUGUGACCCUGAAACACUGUUUUAUGAGACCCCGUACUUGACCCUGGACGCACUGCCCCCCCUCCGGCUGCAGCCCCGGCCUCGGCCCCCAGAAGACACCUUCCUCAUGCACCAUACCCUGCGACGCUGGGAAGCCUAGCCUGGUGGUUGUGGCUUCGUGGUUGGUUUUGUUUACUCAAACUUUUUCAGA